GUUUCCAAACUUUCCACCGAGCGGAUUCUCCAGCAGCAGCAGCAGCAGCGGGACAGCGGGGCAGGAGGACCGGGCCGGAUAACCUUCAAACUCUCAUUUAAAACUGUUUUAUUGUGUUUUUGUUUUGAGUUAAAACUUUUUUACACUAAAGACAGAAAAUCACAGCAGCGCUUAGCCGCUGGGGAGAGCGCGGGUCGUGUUUUUGAGGAGAGAGCUCCAGCACUUCUUGGUUCCCCCCGUCCCAACUUUUCUGUUCCGCCGAGCGAAAUGAGCAACAACCCGGUGCAGCCCCUGCCGGGCCAGCAGGUCAUCCAUGUGGCGAAGGACCCGGACACGGACCUGGAGGCGCUGUUUAACGCGGUCAUGAACCCGAGGCCGAGCUCCUGGAGGAAGAAACACAUGCCCGAGUCCUUCUUCAGGGAGCCGGACUCGGGCUCCCACUCCCGACAGUCCAGCACGGACUCGGGCAGCGGGCCGGCGCGGCUGCCGGUGCAGCACGUCCGCUCGCACUCCUCCCCGGCCAGCCUGCAGCUCGGCCCGGGCACGGGGACCGGAGCGGUCCCGCCCUCUGCGCACCACGUCCACAUCCGCCACCAGUCCUUCGAUGUGACCGAGGAGCUGCCCCUGCCCCCCGGCUGGGAGAUGGCCUUCACUUCCAACGGCCAGAAAUACUUUCUCAAUCAUGUGGAGAAAAUCACCACGUGGCACGACCCCAGGAAGACCAUGACGGCCACCAUGAACCCGAUGAGCCUACAUGCCCAGGCCACCAGCAACAACAGCAACAUGCAGCAGCGCUCCAUGGCCCUGUCUCAGCCUAACCUCGGGCAGCUGCCGGAGGGCUGGGAGCAGGCGGCCACCCCUCAGGGAGAAAUUUACUUCAUUGACCACAAAACCCAGAGCACAUCGUGGCUCGACCCACGGGUGGACUCUCCUCGCCUCAUGAUGUCUCAGCAUCAGCACCACCAGCAGCAUCUCCAGCAUGCCCAGCAGCAGCAGCAGCAGCAGCAGGUGCAGGUUCAAGCCCAGUCUCAGUCUCUGGGCUCCAGUGGCUCUAUGCCCCAGCAGCAGAGUGCUCAGCCUGGCAUGAUGAACAUGGCCGCCAACCCCCUGAGUGCCCAGCACCAGCAGAAAAUGAGGCUACAGCGCAUCCAGUUGGAGAGAGAGCGCAUUCAGAGGAGACAGGAGGAACUGAUGAGACAGGAGGUGGCGCUCUGUAGACAGAUGCCCAUGGACUCGGACAAUAUAGCUCCAGUGGCUCCAGCCAUCAACCAAGCUUCAAUGAAUCAGGGCAGCAUGCCCACCAGCGGCUCAGACCCGUUCCUGAACAGUGGACCGUAUCACUCACGUGAGCAGAGCACAGACAGCGGCCUGGGCCUCGGCUGCUACAGCAUCCCCACAACUCCCGAGGACUUCCUCAAUAACAUGGAGGAGAUGGACACGGGAGAGAACAUGGUGCCAGUCAACAUGAACGUGCCUCAGCAAAGCCGGUUCCCCGACUUCCUUGACUCCAUGCCAGGCACCAACGUGGACCUGGGCACUCUGGAGGGCACAGACCUCAUGCCAAUCCUCAACGACGUGGAGUCUGUCCUGAACAAGAGCGAGCCUUUCCUCACCUGGCUCUAAAGUCGUGGACUCGGCACGACGAGGCUAAAGACUCGUAGCAUUAAUGCUAACGUUUUGGAUAUGAAUUCAGUCUGUCUCUCCCAGCUCUUUUAUUUGUACCGUGUCUGUUUUGCUCCAUUUUUGACCACUCCCCCGGUCACUGUCAUUUUUAUCCUCUGAGAUACUGAGCGAAGAGGACGAGAUAAACCAAAGUGUUCAGCCUAAGAACAAACAAACAAACAAACAAUCUAUGAGCAAUACAUCAAUCAGAUUUAUUCAGGUAGAGUGAGAUUAAUGAAACAGUAAAGUUGAUUCAUCGUGUAAAUACUGUAGGAUAGAGUAGAUUUUUACCUCCACUGUGUUUGUGGGUCGCUCAGCAAUGCCAUUCCUCUGUCUGUUGGCAUGAACUGAGCAGUGUGAACAUUUAUAAAAAUGAUUGUGGCUCUUAAUUAAUGUCCCGGAUGGAUUGUGUGUGUGUGUGUUGGCACAGGGAUGCUUGAAAGCAAAGCCACCAGCAGAGGGAGCCACUGUCUUUCUCCAGUGUAAAAUGGAGAGUGUGUUAUUGGCUUAAAUGAUGUUGGAGUAGCAGGAAAAAAAAACUUUAUGAGAAACUUUAUAAACUUAAGUUGGUUUUCUUUUCUUUACACAUACCAAAUAUGUUUCCUACUGUAUCCAGUGUGACUCUAAAAGCUUUAAUUGUGAAUUGGUAGUCAGUUUAGUUCUUUUAUUAUUAUUAUUUUUUUGGCAUUUAUAAUUUUAUACUCAAGCUGAUUCCAGUUUAGCAGUUUAGCAGUUUAGUUAUCAUAUCCAGUAAGCUCAUGUUUCUGAAAUGUAGGCAUACAUUUCUACAUUUUGUUUGUAGGCACACAUUUUAUACCAUGUACUUUUUAUGUACUGCUACAGUAUUCCUUUUUUAUUUGCUGUAAAAUACCCUAGAUGUUUCCCCUGGCGCAUUCAUCUGGUGCAUUUUAUUUUUGACUUUUGAUAUUAGAGUUUGCAUUUUAGUAUUUAUCAAGAGGUAUGAUUUUUAAUAAGAGUUUUAGGUUUUUUAAUGAAACUGAAAUUUCAAAGCACUACAAAUCAUUGCGGGAUUGAGUCAGAAUUUAAAUACUGAAGAAGAGUUUUGUGUAAGGUUUCUGCUUUGUGGUGCUUCACUGGACUGUGAGGCUUUCUGAUGGUCCUCUGCGUAGUGGGCCUUCAGCCUUCAGUGCUGUGGUCAAGACAGGUUUCCAUCUGUAGACAGAGAGAAUAUGCAGCAAAAAAGUAUUUUCCAAAGCCAGAGAUCAAUACAAUUGUGGUGGACAAAAAAAAAAACACACUAGAACUGGAUGAGUGUAAGAUAAGGGUAAAAACGCAUUUUUAUAUCCAGGUAUAUCAGAGAAUAUCAGUUGUCUAUCAGCCUAAUAUAUUUUUGUAUUGCUGUUUCUCACAUUGGUGACAUACAUACAUACAUACACACACACAUAUAUAUAUAUAUAUAUUUAUAUAUAUAUAUAGUCCCCCUGUAUAGUGACUAAGCAGCAUAUGGUAAUAUUAUAAUAGUAUUUUGUGUACACAUGGUCACAGUGAAGGGGCAAAGCAGAGCUGAAUCUGUGUGAGUGUGUGUGGGGGGGGCUGAUUAAAGAUUUUUUUAUAUAAAUCAGGGAGAAAUGGUAGGUCAGACUGAGCUCAUGACAUCCUGCAGACAGGAGAGACUGGUUCAGUACUGGGUGAAAAGGGUGAUGCAUGCUGGAACCCAGAUGACUACUUUCUUCAGAGUCCCACUGUGAAAGGUGUCGGUCAGGAAGUGUGAGAAUAAGACCGAGUGGGAAAGUGCAGGUUUAGUUUUUCCUCUGUUAAUCCGCUUGGUGGAAAAAUGCCACAAGCCUUCGGUCUAUAGCGCAGCAGUUAAGCUCCUUUAUAUCAGCGCAGAGUUACUGGCUACUGGUUAUUUAGUUUGUUAUAUAAUGAGCUGUUUGUUUCAGGGUUAAAGGCGUUACAGCGAGGCCUGCGGGUCACUGAGGUCUUUCCUCAGGUGUUUGAUCUUCUGUUCUGCAUGUUAAAGCGAUACAUUUACCUUAACAUAAAGCAAUAUGUUUUUACAGUGGAACCUGAGUGUAACGGUGAGUAGGUCGUGGAACACGUUGUGGUGUGGAGCACGUUGUUUUUGACUAGUUUAUCGAGUGUUAUGGAAUGGGCAGUUGUCUGUAGCAUCAUAUAGAGCACGGUUGUGUAUAGCACACUGCUUAGCAACAGUAGCAAAGGGGAGGUUUGUUAGAUUGCAGGGUAUUUGGAGGUUGGAUGCAUGCUGGUGGGCUUGGAGAACACAAUACACACAUACCUACAUGCAUGCGCACACGCACACAAACACACACACACUCUCACACACACACACACUGAACAAACUGACAGUUUACUGUACUUUGGGAAAUGUGGAAAUGAUUCUGAGAACUAUAACCUCACAAAGAAAUCUCUGAAAAUGAUGUGUAACUUGUUGAACAAAAAAAAAUGGAAUAAAGCGGUGUUACCACAAAAUGAA